AUGCCCGGGUGGGUGCGGGUUCUGCCAGGGCUCGGUGCGGGCAAUGCCCGGGCUCGGUGCGGGUUCUGCCCGGGUGCGGGCAAUGCCCGGGUGGGUGCGGGCAAUGCUCGGGCACGGUGCGGGCUCUGCCCGGGUGCGGGAGGUCCCGGUGUCCCCGGAUCCCGCCCUGGAAAAGAUUCCGAGCCGUUCCGCUUUGCUCGCUUUUAUUACCUGAGGGAACCUGACAGAACUCGUAAAGACACAAUUGCUGUAGAGCGUCCGCCGGCCGGCUCGGCUGCCGCAGAGAAACCCAACGCGAACGUCCCGCUGCGUGGAGGCGAGCGGCGCUUCCUCGUCGUGCUGAGCGCUAUCGGCGUGUCGCGACAUCUACGGAGCGGAAAGAAACGUGCGAGAUCUACAGGAGGUGAGAACACGGGAAAGAAAGAACAUCACCGCUGGCUGGACACCGACAGUCCCGGCAGGGAGCUGGCACCGGCCCCCGAACCGUCCCCCCGACAAGGCAAAUCCUACAGGUCCCAGAGGUCCAGGUCAAAGAGCAGGACCAGGAGGUCGCGGCAGCGCUCCUACAGCCGCAGCAGCGAGAGGUCCGGGCACAGGAGAACCCCCAGCGGGUCCCGGGAGCGCCGCAAGGCCAGGGACAAGGACAAGGACAAAGCCAAGGACAAGGGCAAAGGGAAGGAGAAGGAGCUGCAUGGCACCAAGGCUGGGGACUCUGCAAACAUCAAAGCUGGAUUAGAACAUCUGACCCCUGCUGAACAGGCCAAAGCCAGGCUGCAGCUGGUUCUGGAGGCAGCUGCCAAAGCAGACGAAGCGUUGAAGGCCAAGGAAAGAAGUGAGGAGGAAGCCAAGAGAAGAAAGGAAGAAGACCAAGCCACCCUCCUGGACCAGGUGAAGCGAGUGAAGGAGAUCGAAGCCAUCGAGAGCGACGCCUUCGUCCCGCAGACCUUCAGGUCCAGCAAAGAAGUCAAAAAGUCAGCAGAACCUCCUGAGCUCCAGCAGGAGCCUGUGAAUGUGGGAGCAGGAGCCACUGAGGCAGCUGCUGCUGAGAAAGAGCCCCCAGCUGCCAGCAUUCCCACUGCCAUCAAGUACCAGGAUGACAAUUCCUUGGCACAUCCAAAUCUGUUCAUGGAGAAGGCAGAGGCUGAGGAGAAGUGGUUCCAGAGGCUGGUGGCUCUGCGCCAGGAGAGGCUGAUGGGGAGCCCCGUGGCCUGACAGCCCCAGGACCAUCCCAGCCCCUUCCCAUGCUUGGGAACUCCACACUCAGCUCUUCUUCUUGUCUCUUGGAGGAGAUGUGAGUGAGCUGGGCAGGCAGGGAGGGUUUCACCUGGAUAACCAGGAAUCUUCUGUCCUGCUCCACCUGGAGAAUCAAGAAUGUCCUGUCCUGCUCCAUCUGGGUAACUGGGAAUCUUCUGUCCUGGUUCCCUGGAUAACUGGGAAUCUUCUCUCCUGGUUCCCCUGGAUAACCAGGGAUGUCCUGCCCUGGUUCCCCUGGAUAACCAGGGAUGUUCUCUCCUGGUUCCCCUGGAUAACAGGGAUGUCCUGCCCUGGUUCUCUCCAAGCUCAGUGCUGGAGAGGGGCAGGGCAGCACAGCCAGGGGCAUUUCCUUUUUUUUGGAGGGAAUUCCUCAGGUGAAGAGCACCUGGCAGCCCAUGAAAUACCAUUUUAUCCCUCCCAGUGAAAUACCAUUUUAUCCCUCCCAGUGAAAUUCCAUUUUAUCCCUCCCAACCCAGAAAAUUUCCCAGAGGCAGGCAGGAGUUGGGAGCUGGGAGCUGGGCCAGGGAGGGAUGGGUGGAUCCAUCCCAGGCCUCUCCAUGGCUGCAGAGGAUCCAGGCUCCAUCCCUGCCAUCCCCUCCUCCUGGGCAGGCUCCUGGCUGAGGGAAUCUCUCCCUGGAUGUGCUCAUCCCUCUGCUCCCACUUCCUCACUCUGGGGGGAAAUGCUCCACCUUUCCUUCAGCAUCUGCCACUCCUGCAGCUCCAGAUGGGGAAUUUUGUCAACCUCAUCACUGCUGGAAUUACCAAAUGAUGGAAUUACCACAGACCUGCUUCUGUGCAGGGGCUGCUCCCAGCCCAUGGAGUUCCCUUGGGCCUGGUGGGACUUUGAAAUAAUCUAAGUUUAGUCUGAACAUCUGAAUUUAGCCUGGACAAACUUCCACAAAAAUCUGCCCAUCAUCCAUCUAAGUGCAGGAAAUCAACCAAAUCACAUCACUAAAAGACAAAAGUGUUUCUUCAGCAAAGCUGGGAGGAAAUUGUCACAUCAGGAGAGGAGAAAACUGGGCCCCACCUCUGGGUGUGCUCCCUGGAACUGCCCUGCACCAGCAUUCCCUUGGGAAGCUGCUUUUGGCUUCUUCCUCCUGGUUCUCAGGUCUGUGGUGAUAACAAAUGGAGGCUGACUCUGCAGAUGGACUUUGGUUGUUUUAUUUUUUAUUUUAGAUCCUGGAUGUAAAAGGAAAAGGUAUUGGAUUUGCAUUCUGACAUUUUUACUUCCUUUAUGAAGUGUUAGUUUGACUUUAUCCUGCAUCAAAAUAUUCCAAGACCUUGUCUGCAGGAAAAAAUGGGAUAAAUUUGUUUCCCUUCUUUCAUUUCAGCAUUUUUAAAUGGUAAUAUUUGUCAGUGCUGCAAUUUCUCAUCACCUUUUAUGUUUCUUUCAUAGAAAAUAAAAACUGUUUGAUGUCCAUGGAA